AUGGCAAAAGUUGAACAACCACUAUUUAUUUUGCCUAAAAAACGUAAUGGAAAGAAGCCCAAUGCAAUUGCCGGACAUGUCGAUCAUAUAAUAACAGUUCAGGGUGCUGGAGAGACCGAUGUGCCUACAAAGUAUAAAAAUGGACUUUCACCAGUUUCUGAACAUGUUGUUAAUGGCAUUAUACAUUCAACAAUGGAAGGGCUUAAAUCUAACAUGAAAAUAAAUUUGCCAAUCAUCAAUGAUGUAAAUGAUGAGGAAGUCAAUGAAAUUAAUUUGUUGUCAGAUCUAAAACCUCAGAGUUUACAGAAAAAUGGGUACCAAGCUCUUUCUACUAUAAGUAGUAGCCGAGAAAUAAUUGAUUUAUCUCCCAUAUAUGAAAAUUCUUCUGAUGCAUGCUCCAGCCAUGGAGAUUUGAAAGAAAUCAAUGAUAAUGAUUUACAACGCAGUUGCCGCAUUUUAAAUUCUGAUAACUAUGAAAGCUCAUGUGCCACCCCAAACAGCUUAUCUCAAACUCAAUCAGAGAAUAGCUUUGAAAUGGGUCCUCUGACAGACAGCCUGAAAAAUAGUGCUAAAAGACGCAAGCGUGUAAAUAUUGUACCAGGCAUUAUGGAAGGAGACAAUAAUGAUACUGAAAUUACAGCUUUAAGAAUUGAAUCUGAAGGAUCUAUAUCUCCGGAAUGCUCACUAUCUGAAAAUAAAGAUGGAUAUUUAACCAUGACUGGAACAAUAAAAAGGGGUAAAAAGAAAGGACAGAAUGUAGAUGUUAAACUGAAUAUUUCACGAGAGGAGUUGGAAAUUAUUGAAGCGGCCAUUGUUGCCGAAGAAUACAAUAAAAUGGAUGUGUCCAAAUGUUCUUUAUACAAUGGGCCACACAUAUUUUUAUUCAGUUUGGUCUCUAUACCAUUUGUUGCAGUUAUAUCAGCUAUGUAUUCAUUUUACAUGGGUACAAUGGCUUGGUAUAACAUAUUUACUCAUGUUACCGAAGACUUGAGCUGCAUCAAAAAGAUGUUGUUAGCUCCUAUAGUAAUACUGUCAUAUCCAUUUUUGAUAGCAAUAUUUACUAUUGGGCUCGGUUUAUAUGCUGGGAUAGCACAAGUCACUUUCAGUGGCGCUAACUGGUGGAAAGAUGUAUGUGAUUUUGAAAAAGGCUUUUAUGGCUGGCUCUGCAAUACAUUAGGUAUGUCCGAGUGUAGCCCAUAUGAAGUAGUUGUCUUGAUGGAUGUGAAA